AGCUCGCGCUCACUUGGACCCGCCGCGGGAAAAGUAAUUACAACAACAGUGACUGUUUGAGCCGCUGCAACGUCGUGCAGGCCGGAAGCUACAGCUUUCGAUGACAUUCGGUGCCGACGGCGGGGUCCAGUCUUCCCCUAGGUGGAGCAGCAUGUUGAUCUCGUGUGCCUUGCCCACUGCCUACCGUAUGCUCGCCUCCAGACCCGUGCCUUAGCUCAUGGCCAUGGCGGAGGGGGUUGCUCGUGGUCAAGAUAGUCCCUGGCUAAGUAUAUAAGGACUGGCGUAGUUCUCGUCGUUGCCAGGGAACCUUCACAUACCUCGAGCUUCAACAGAACAACCCUCCCCUACACCCAACCCAUCACAAGGCUCAUCCACAGCUCAACCAUCAACAUGGCCACUUACACACUCUACGAUGCCUCCUUUGGCGUCAUCAGGGAUGCCCUCGAGUCCCUGACCAACAUCCUCGACAAGGUCGCUGCCUCACCCGUCGCUGACACCAUUGCCGACGCACGCCUCCACCCCGACAUGCUUCCCUUUUCUUUCCAGGUCCACGUCCUCACCCAGUUCGGCCACAAGUGCCUGGCCCGCAUCUCGGACAAGUUCCCCGCCGAGACCUUUGCCAUGGAGGAGCUCACCAGCAUUGACGCCAUGAAGGCGCGCAUCGCCAAGGUCCAGUCGCAGUUCGACCUGAUCACCAAGGAGUCCAUCAACAGCCGCGAGAACGAGAUGGUGAAGCUCGGCUUGGGGCCCAACAAGCCAGAGGUCGACAUCAAGGCGUGGCAGUACGUGCAUGGCUUCGCCAUCCCCAACGUCUACUUCCAUCUCGUCACCGCGUACGACAUUGCGAGGAAGGAGGGUGUCGAUGUGGGCAAGCUUGACUACCAGUCCGCGUUCUUGAACAAGUUCCUCAACUAGGGGUAGCAAAAAGUAGUAAUGAAGCGCGUGUUUCUUAUGACCAUGCUCACCAAUGGUGGCACUGAUGUGAAUGCCCCGUGACCGUCAUGUUGUGCGUGGAAGGGCGAUUGGAUCAAAAAGUCAAAGCACGAGAGUGCGAGGCUGGAGGGAGUAAUGUAGUGAGCAGAUGAUAGAAAUACCUGGCAUAUGUAAAAAUAUAUAUGAAUGCAUACCACGUAUUCGAUGAUGC